AUGGAAGGCGAAUCUUCACCCGCAAACAAUUUGAUAUCGUCGAUCAAAAGGUUUAAUAACGACGGAAGAGAACACGGCACCAUUAAAGCUCUCCUAAAGAACUUUAUCCUACCCGAAACAAACAUGGCCGUAAAGGACAGACAAAGUGAUAACGAGAAAUGCAUUUACACGAUACCGAUACAGUCGUCACUGUCGCCCAAAAAUGCGAGAACUAACGCGCAACAAGUUUUCUUAAACUCAACCGUCAACAUACCUCAAAGGAAUCUAAGCAAAGAAGCUACAUUACACUACGCGCAAAUUGCUAUUACCACAGAAAGUGAAGACACAAGAAGUACAGGUGGAGGAAAAGAUUUUGAAAAAGUGCCGAGUGAACCAAAAAAUUUAAAAGACAUCUCGGCUACAUUAUCACCUACAGAUGUUGCAAGUAAUGUCAAGAAAAAAGUCGAACAGCAACAGAGAAAAGUAAGUUUUAAAAUAAAGAACGUUUCGACCACUUACAGGCGCCCACCUCUGGCAACUAAAACUACAAUGACAAUAAAGGGUAAUAAAGUGUCAGAAUUGACGAAAAAGUUUAACGAUUUGAUGAAAGAACCAAAUAAAGGGCCAUUAAAGCAGUCUAAACUUGCAAAAACUAUAGGAGAUUUACAGGUAGCGUCUCGAUGCUCAGUAAGUAACAGCUCCACUCCAUCUUCUACCUUGAGUUCUAGUCCUAAUAUCAAAAUCGUUGUACGACAUAGAAGAAGUUCUAAAAAACGUAAUAGCAAAAAACGAUGUUCAAGUAUGGAUUCAAUUGACAAAUUAUUUUUAACUGAAGGUUCUUCAGGUAAAGUCAGAAUAAUAAGGUCUAAAUCGGAUGGAAACAGGAUUCCGAAAUCACCAAAGAAAAGGUUAAAGUAUAAUGAUUCUAGUGAGCAACAAAGUGGUUCAGACUCUGUUGAUGGCACACCAAUCAAAUUAAAAGCCACGAACACAACUAUUGGAGAGGAUAAACAACAACAAGAACUCAAUGUUGUAAAAGAUGUUAUCAAGAAAUUUGAAUGUGAAAUUAUUGCUCACUCCUGUAAUUCAAAUAAUGCUUUAAUAAAACAUCAUAAUCUUACACAAAGCAGUAAUUCAACGAGUAUAACACCACGAAAAGAAAAGCCUAAAAUACCUGAAAAGAAAUCAUCAUUAGUUUUAACAAAAAAUCUUGUAGUUAAAGAUGGUGUUCCAAAAAUUAAAACGAUUAAACCAUUUUUAGGAGACACAAGUUUGCAACAAGAAAAUAGCAAAACAUAUUUGGAAAAUAUCAAAAAGAAAGAACCUAUUUAUGACAAGAAGAAAUAUAAAACUAAUUAUAUACACCCUGAAAAAUUAACCUUACGACCUGUAGAAAUUAUUCAAGAAGAUGCCGAUGAAUGUUUAGUGUCGAAAACAGUUAUAAAUGAACAAACUAUAGUCAUAUCAAAUAAAACAGAAAAAGAAGAUGAAACAGUUAUCAAGUCAAGUAUCACACCUAAUGAGUCUUUUCUUUGGAGACGAAAAAGUAACAGUCAAAUUUAUUCUGAUUGUGAUAAGACAGUUUCUGAAGGUCCUUAUGGUUUCGUUAGCGUAACAAUUAAUGAAACCACUUCCACGUAUGAAGAAGAAAUUAAUACUGUUAAGGAAUCUCAAGCAGAUGCAAACAAAGAAUCUCACGCUGGUUCAGCGACCGAAAAUCUCAAAUGUGACUUAAACUCAGAUUUUGAAACUAAUCUAGUCGAGGCUUUUAACAAAGAAGUACUUGUGGGUUUUACUACUCAACCGAAAAAAGAGGAGGUAAUCGAGGAUGAUUAUGAAGAACUAGAACCAAGGGACACUGACAAUAUAGUGAUAAUUCCUGUAAAAAGUAUUGAUAGAUCAUCAAAAAUAAAUUGUCCGUUACCUGAAAUACCAAAAGAGAGUCCGCAAUUGUCGCCUUCUAAGGAAGAAAACAUUUAUCAAUCACUUCUAGAAGCAAGAUCUCAUCCAGAAGGUGAUGAGAGCAGUCUACAUAAUUACGAGCUCUGCUUUAAUCAGUUCGAAGAGAGAACUCGAGGCGACGGUGACAGUGAUGAUGGUUACGAAUAUUGCAAAUCACCCAUUAAGCCCUACUGUCUUACUUCCAGUUCGGGAAUUCAAAUAGCUGAGGACUAUCAGCCAUACGGAACCGAAAACAACAAUAAAAAUUAUGCAAUUUCGAAAUCCGUCAGUGGAACUUCUACUGUAAGCUACGAGAAAAUUGGUUCAGAGAGGAUAUAUGAAAAAAUUCCUCCACGACUCAAAUCAAAAGAGGGCAGUCCCAACUACAGUAGGAGCCAUUCAUUCGUAGCCUCUGAUUACUCCGGAUAUAACGGUGGUGAAAACAUCUAUGAUACCAUUAAACAAGGAGAUGGUACGUCACUUUCGCAUUGUUAUGAAAGUAUACCGAACAGUCCGAGUAUGGUGAAGCUGAGGAACAACUUGAAGAAGCAGCUCGCUAGUGCAGUCCAGAAACGGUUGUCAUUUGAUAACGUGUCUAACAUUAGUCAGUCGACCCUAUCUAGUGAGCAGAAAACUAAUAGCAUAUACGGACAGCGUUCCGUAAUGAGUUACAACGGUCAGGAAAUAGCCUUCCAAGUACCGAGUAGCACAACCAGCGUCAGUGACAGGAGUGACCGGAGCGACGACUGGGUCGACGUCUCUGAUGAAGAAAAGACUGACGAGCAGAAAAUUGUUAUCGUGCGCGAAAGAAGUCGCGGAAGAAAAAGCCCGAUCAGCUGGUCGCAGAAAGUUCGACACCAAUGGCAAAAGACACCCAAACAGAAAAGCGAUGACAAAGACGGUGACAGCAGCGAAUCUGGUCACCUGUACGAAUCCCUGGAGCCAGCUCCAACACACCCCGCACACGCUGCACACGUGCCGCACGCGGGCCACGCGAGCUCUGCACUACAUGCACUGCCCCUUGAGGAUGAUUUCGACUCCUUCGACAGCGACACUGACUCCGAAGAUCAUGAUAAAUCCCCGAAUACGUACUCCGUGCCAGCGGUGCCUUCAACAAGGCUUCCAUCACCACCUAACGGGGGAGGGCCCUACACUCUCACGAAAAUCGCUAGCGCUGCUCAGAAGAAAAUGAGGCAAAUCAAACGAAACCUCACUAAGCGAUACUCGGUUGCUAUGGACGGCAAAACGUUAACAAAGUCACCACAACCGAACGGAACCUACGAUACGCCGAAAACCAAAAUCAAAGCGCCCAUCUACGCCAACUGCGAGAAGCCGGAAGUGCAACACGUUUACGCGAAUGUCACCUUCAACGAUUCGAAAAACGUGCUUAAUAAGACUGAGAAUCCCAUGUCAAAGAUCACGGGAAAUUUCAAAGAGGAACUUAAGACUGUAAUUGGUGACAAGAGACACAGCAAUGGUGACGUUCCUCCCCCAUUGCCAGAGAAGCCUCCGCCAGAAAAACUAACGAUACCAACUAACGACAGUAAAAAGGACUCCGGCACACUAUCGAGGAAGACAUACUUUUCAUUCAAGUCUCGGUUCAGGAGAGCUUCAUCUAUGGCGGUGGACAUAAACUCGGACGUGCCGAGCGCUCUCAAGAUCACCAACUCGACCUUCUACUUGACUGAUUCGAUGGACGGUGAUUCCGGCUUCAGCAAUUGCAGCGAUAGUGGCGCAGCGAGUGCGGCCAGUGCGACGAGCGCGGAAACGCUGUCGGCGUCGUCUCGGCGACGUGACGGUACGCGCGCGUGGGCUGAGUCGUCGCCGUGCCUGGCGCCCGCGCCGCUGGAGCGGCUGGAGCGGCCGGCGCAGCCGCCCCCUCCGCCCCCCACUGCCCCGCAUGUUGCGCACACGCACACUGACCUUAGCGCUGUCAACGAAGAAUUAAAGCGGCUCCUACCGACGCUGUCGCGCAAGGAGAAGAGCCCUAGAGCCCGAACCUCGUGGUAUGCUGAAUGUGGCGCCGAUUCCUCUUCACACACGCUAGUGACUACGCCUUCUUCUUGGUACGCGGAAGCUGGCCUGUAUCAAGCGGGUACCUCAUCUUCGUCGGGUGCAUCUUCCGGAUCCCACCCGGCCUCUCCUCUCCCGCACUCUCUGUUCACGCACGAGCCUCUCUACCAGUUUUACAACGCGGCGAAAGUAGAGUCGACGUGCCGUGAGAGCGGCGACUCGGACUCGGACGGGUACGAGGCGGGCGCUGCGCCGGCGCGGCCGUCAGCCAUGGCGCUGGUGGCGCCGCGCGGGCCCGCGCGCACGCUUUGGUGCGAGGUGCCGGAGGUGCUCAACUCCGCUGUACUCAGUUCGCUAGCUCCAGCGCAAAAACGCUUGCAGGAGGCAAAGUUCGAGGUGCUGACUUCUGAAGCUUCCUACCUUAACUCGCUGAACGUGUUGGAGGCGCAUUUUAUAUCGCACCCCGCCUUCCGCGACCCACAAGUGCUACCUCCGGAAGAUUGGGAAGCGCUAUUCGGUUCCAUAUUGCCAGUGCGCAGAUGCUCGCAGCUGCUGAUGGGCGAGCUGGAGAAGUGCUGGCAGGAGAACAUUCUGCUGCAGGACAUCUGCGACAUAGUGCGGCGACACGCGGAGGCGCGCUUCCACGUGUACGUGAAGUACUGCGAGCAGCAGGCGGCCAUGGUGCGCACACUGCAGCGCCUGCGCGCGCGCCCCUCCUUCGCCGCUGCGCUGCACAGGCUGGAGGCGCACCCGGCGUGCCAGAGCCUAUCGCUGCACUCGUUCCUGCUGCUGCCCAUGCAGCGCGUGACACGCCUGCCGCUGCUGCUUGACGCCGUGCUACGCUCGCUGCAGCCUGCCGACCGUGAGCACGACGCCUGCGUGCUGGCGCUCGCCACGCUCAACCACUUCGUGUCACAGUGUAACGAGGGAGCGCGCAAUACCGAGCGUAUUGAAGAGAUGUUCCGGCUGGCCAAAGCGAUCGAGUUUCCGCCACAAGUUCGCGAUCCACCUUUAUUAGGACCAGCCUGUUCGCGGAGAGACCGCAAACCAGUUAGAUGGCUGGUACGGUCCGGUGAAGUAACACAUCUGAUAUGGAAAGCAGAUGAACUGAAGCUGACAUUCGGCAAGAAAUUCCACAAGGUGCAGUUAUAUCUCUUCUUGUUCAACGAUCUGCUCGUCAUCACUAAAAAGAAAGGGGAGGAGUCGUUCGCGGCUGUGGACUGGUGCGCGCGGUCGCUGCUGGAGACGUGCGGCGGCGAGGCGGCGCCGCCCGCCGCCAAGCACGCGCUGCUGCUCACGCUACUGGAGAACCGCGACGCACGCACCGUCGAGAUGCUGGUGUCGUGCGCGAGCGAGACGGAGGUGCGGCGGUGGGGCGAGGCGCUGUCGCCGCCCGAGGCGCGCGCGGGCGAGGCGGUGUACGCGGGCUGGGACUGCCCGCAGGUGGCCGCGCUGCACGCCUACACGCCCGCGCAGCCCGACGAGCUGCCGCUCGCCGAGGGCGACGUCGUCAACGUCACGCGCAAGACCCAAGAGGGUUGGUACUAUGGCGAACGAACGCGGGACGGCGAAGCGGGCUGGUUCCCGGGCUCGUACACGGUGGAGAUCGCGUCAGCGCACGUGCGCGCGCGCAACCUGCGCCAGCGGUACCGCUUGCUGGCGCUCUCCGGCACAUACCUCGGCAACAGGAAGCGCGCCGCGUGA